AUGGCUAAUGACAAACCUAUCACGGAGCAAGUGGAUGAACUCCAGGUCAUGGUCAACAAGCUGAACGUGCUCUACAUCUCGAUACCAGAACACUUUCAGGUUGGUGCAAUCAUCGCAAAACUGCCACCCUCAUGGAAAGACUUCUCUAAGAGAAUGAUGCACAAAUCUGAGGACUAUUCUAUGGAUGAUCUAAUGAAACACCUUCGCAUUGAGGAGGAAAAUCGCAUCAGGGACAAGCGUGGUAAAGUCAAAUCAAGUGUGCACCAAGUAUUGGUUGGGGGUUGUAGUCAUAAUACCAAGUUUGGGGGUCAAAUAAAAAGGAACUUGGAAACCAAGAAACAAAGCUUCAAGAAACCAAGUCAUCAGAAUCCUAACUUAAAUCCGAAAAGGGCCGGACCUUGCCACGUUUAUGGAGAGAUUGGGUACUAUGUGAGAGAAUGCAAUGAUCGAAAAUCAGCAUCGGUUGCACAUGCAGUCGAUCAAGUGACGGAUAUGGUGUCAAGUGGGAACCUCAGAGGGAUUUUCCUGAUAACAAGCAAUCAAUUGUGUAAAAUCAAAGUUUACAAAGAAACCAUUUCCAUCAGUUAA